CAGCGGCGGCCCGGCCGGGCGUCGGGCGGGCUCCGGGAGAAGCUGGGCUCCCGGCUCCGUCCGCGCCCCGUUCUAUGAGCGCGAAGAUGGAGCCUACGUUCUACGACGACGCGCUGAACGGCGGCUUCGCGCCGCCGGAGAGCGGCGGGUACGGAUACAAUAACGCCAAGGUGCUGAAGCAGAGCAUGACGCUGAACCUGGCGGACCCCGGCAGCAACCUGAAGCCGCACCUGCGGAACAAGAGCGCCGAGCUGCUCACCUCGCCCGACGUGGGCCUCCUGAAGCUGGCCUCGCCCGAGCUGGAGCGCCUCAUCAUCCAGUCGAGCAACGGGCUGAUCACCACCACGCCGACCCCCACGCAGUUCCUGUGCCCCAAGAACGUGACGGACGAGCAGGAGGGCUUCGCCGAGGGCUUCGUCAGGGCGCUGGCCGAGCUGCACAACCAGAACACGCUGCCCAGCGUCACCUCGGCCGCCCAGCCCGUCAGCGGCGGCAUGGCACCUGUGUCCUCCAUGGCUGGCGGCGGCGGCAGCUUCAACGCCGGCCUGCACAGCGAGCCCCCCGUCUACGCCAACCUCAGCAACUUCAACCCCAACGCGCUCAGCUCGGCGCCCAGCUACAACGCCAACGGCAUGGGCUACGCGCCGCAGCACCACCUAAACGCCCAGAUGCCCGUGCAGCACCCCAGGCUUCAGGCUCUGAAGGAGGAGCCGCAGACUGUCCCCGAGAUGCCGGGGGAGACCCCUCCCCUGUCCCCCAUCGACAUGGAGUCGCAGGAGAGAAUCAAAGCCGAGCGAAAGCGCAUGAGAAACAGAAUCGCCGCGUCCAAGUGCCGGAAAAGGAAGUUGGAAAGGAUUGCCAGGUUGGAGGAAAAAGUGAAAACUUUGAAAGCCCAGAACUCAGAGCUGGCAUCCACUGCCAACAUGCUCAGAGAACAGGUUGCACAGCUUAAGCAGAAGGUCAUGAACCAUGUCAACAGCGGGUGCCAGCUAAUGCUCACACAACAGUUGCAAACGUUUUGAAGAGACUGGCUUAAAAACGCGAACUGUGAUAUUGUGGUAUAACCCAACGACAGACCCGAAGCGGCAGAUGCGUAAAGCUAAUGGUAAGAGCUGAAAGGCUGAGUCCUGCCUGUGCUCUGCAAAGCGCAUGUGUGGAAAGACUGGCAAGCCUUCAGCCCGAGUUGGUGAAGCAGCCAGCACCGCUCCGAGAAGUGCUGUUCCUGCUCAGAGACGUCAGAUCUUCGUUUAACAUUGACCAAGACCUGCAUGGACCUAACAUUCGAUGAUCAUUCAGUAUUAAAGGUUAAACUGCAAUAGAAACUGUAGAUUGCUUUAUGUAGUAUUCCUUAAGAAACAAAAAAAAAAAAAGUGGGAGGGAGGUUUUGUGGGGAGGCUGAUAAACAAGAACUGUUCUGCCUGCCUUCAAGUAAAUCGUGUAUGUACAUAUCUUUUUUUAUUUUAUUUUAUGAAAGUUGAUUAAUGUCAAUAAACUACUUCAUGACUUUGUAAGUUAUUUUUAUGUUGUUUAUUUGGGCGCUGCCCAGUAUUGUUUGUAAAUAAGAGGCUUUUUUUUAGCACUCUGAGUUUACCAUUUGUAAUAAAGUAUAAUUUUUUUAAUGUU